AUGGCGUUUCUUCGCCAGACGGGAACCCUGAUCUCCAAGAACUUUCAGAUCCUCCUUGGUCGCCAUGCCUUCAACACCCUCAUCUGGGCCCUGGUAGUGCCCAUCAUAUUAACCGCGCUCUUUUCCUUCUUGAAAAACCUCGUCGCUCCCGUCGCCACCUUCGGAAUUGGGGAAUCGACGCCGAUUCGAUCCUUGACAUCUGCUCUCGAGGCUGCCGCCGACGAUGGUAGGGAUACGCUCGUCUUCGUCAACAAUGGCUUGACCGGUGGCGAUAUCGACUCCGUCAUCGAUUCCCUGUCCUCCUCUGUCGAGGCUGCCGGCAAGAUCUGGGAAACAACCGAAGACGAGGACGACCUGAAGCAGCUUUGUAAAUCCUCGCUCCGCGGCUAUGCCGUCGACUCUGCCGUUUCCGCCAUCGAUGUUGCCGGCGACGGUAGCCCCCGCGAGCUUCCAAGCUCCAUCGACGCCUUCCCCUUUACUAGCUUGAACCAGGAGGAAUACAAGCAACGCGUUCUCGAGAUCUACAUGGGCACCGUCGUGUCCGCCUUCGCCGUGCUCUUCGUUACCAGCAUCCUCUUCAUCACCUACCACCUUGCCGGCUUCGUUGUCACUGAGCGCGAGAGUGGUAUGAUUCGACUUCUGGAUGCCAUGAUGCCCGUGAAGCGGAGAUGGCACGCCCAGGCCGCCCGCAUCAUUUCGUACUUCGUCUCCUUUUCCCUCAUCUACCUUCCAGGCUGGGUCAUUGGUGCUCUCAUCAUGCGCCGUGGUGUCUAUACUAACACCAGCGUUGCCAUCGUCCUCGUCUGGCAGAUACUCUCAGGCCUCUCCAUGGCCUCCAUGUCUCUCUUCGCCUCCUCUUUCUUCAGGCAGGCCCAGCUCAGCGCCAACGUCACCCUCCUCAUCACCGUCGUUUUUGCCAUUCUCUCCCAAGCCAUCACGAAGCCCGCGACCGGCCCCGUCUUCAUCCUCAGUCUUCUCUUCCCAGCUUGCAACUAUGUCUAUCAUUCCACUUUCCUCGCUCGCUUCGAGAAGCAAAACCUGCCCGCCAACCUCCUCGAGGUCGCGCCCGAUAGCCCCUGGAACCUUGCUGGCGGUGUCUUUUGGAUCAUCGCCAUUGGCCAAAUCAUCGUCUUCCCUCUACUCGGCGCCCUCAUCGAAUCCAGGCUAUACGGCACCACGACCAAGGGCAGGUCCAUGGCGCGUGCCGAGAAUGAGGGUCAGGAUAUGGGAGACGCCGCUGUCCGACUCGAAAACUUCACAAAGAUUUACGCACCCUCGCGGUUCGCCCGCUGGUUUCCCUUCUUCGCAACCUACAGGGAGCCCGUGGUCGCUGUGGACAAUCUCAGUCUAGUUGCGCCCCGCGGCCAGAUUGUCGCCCUCCUUGGCGCAAACGGGAGCGGCAAGAGCACCACCCUCGACACCAUUGCCGGAAUGAACAAGCUCACGAGCGGGUCCAUCAAGAUCGAUGGAAGGGGUGGCCUUGGAAUCGCCCCCAGAAAAACGUUCUCUGGGUCACCCGGAACCCGCGCCACCAAGGAAGAGAUUCGGGAGCUUAUCAAGGCAGUCGAUCUGGAAAAGAAGCGCAAGGCCCUCGCCAAGACCCUUUCCGGCGGCCAAAAACGGAAGCUGCAACUCGGAAUGAUGCUGACGGGCGGCAGUGCCGUCUGCUGCGUGGACGAGGUCAGUAGCGGCAUUGACCCGCUCAGUCGCCGCCAGAUUUGGGAUAUCCUGCUUGCGGAGCGUGGAAAGCGGACCAUCUUCUUGACCACCCACUUCCUCGAUGAAGCCGAUCUCCUCGCCGAUCACAUUGCCAUCUUGUCCAAGGGCACUCUCCGUGCUGAAGGCUCGCCCGUUGCUCUCAAGGAUCAAUAUGGUGCCGGAUACCGCAUCCACAUUGACGGCAUUGAUCCCGCCACGACUCCCAAUGUUGCCGGUGUCGAGAAGAGGACGGCCUUUGACGUUGUCACCUACGUUUCGCCCUCUUCUGCUUUGGCCGCCGGCGUGAUCAAGUCUCUCGAGGCCCACGGCAUCCACGACUACCGCUUCUCGGGGCCCACCAUCGAGGACGUCUUCUUAAACCUUGCCGAAGAGGUUCGUGAAGUGUUGGAGGAACCCACGAACGAGAAGGCGACCACGUCGGAAAAGCUUGGUGGCAUCACUAGUGACGUCUCCGCCAAUGAGCACGGUGUUCAUCUCCUUGACGGAAAACCUCUUGGUUUCUUCCAGCAAGGCAUUGUUCUCUUCAGGAAGCGAGUUACCAUUUUUAAAACCAAUUGGGUCCCCUACAUUACGGCUUUCGUCCUUCCUGUUGCCGCCGCCGGCCUUGUCACUCUUUUCAUCCGGGGCCAGGAGGCCGUCGGCUGCUCGCCUACCGAAACCGGCCGUCAGGGCGGCCGUGAGGAUGACAUUGGGACCGUCGACUUUUCCUUUGGCGUCGUCGCCGGGCCCAACGAUCAGUUGGAGCAGGUCAACCCUAUCCAACUCCUGACUCCUUCUUUGACUACCCUCUUCGGUCAGGUUGGCGCUAGCUUGGGCGGUGGUGCUGGGGAAGGGGGCGGCGCAUCCGGCCUUCUAUCUGUCAUUCUUCAAAACGUCACAUUUGAAGAUACCUUUGGUUCUUUCAAGACUGCCAUUGAAGAGAAGAGAAAGGACCUGUUCCCAGGAGGCUUUUGGCUCGGCGGUUCUGAUGCUCCGCCCACGCUAGCCUUCCGGGCCAACGGGUUCCUCACCCCGACCUUGUACGCGCUUAACUUCUUUGACGUUAUUCUCGCCAAUCAAACCAUCGUCACUCAGUUUGAAGCCUUUGACGUUCCGUGGGCGCCGUUGACUAGCGACGCCCUUCAGCUUGUCGCCUACAUGUGUAUCGCCCUCGUCCUGACGCCGGGCUUCCUUGCCCUGUACCCCAACGUGGAGAGGCUUCACCUCGUUCGCGGUCUCGAGUACUCUAAUGGCGUCCGCCCUACGCCUCUCUGGUCCGCGUACACCAUGUUUGACCUUGUGAUUGGUAUCCUUGCCUCGGCCAUCAUCACCGCCAUUUGGGCCGGUGUUUCGAGCAUUUGGUAUCACUUGGGUUACAUCUUCCUCAUCUUUGUGCUUUACUGGCUGGCGUCCACCCUCCUAGGCUACGUGAUCUCGCUCUUCGCCACCGGCCAGCUUGCUACCUUUGGGUGGGUUACCGGCAUCCAGGCGCUUUGCUUCGUUGGCUACCUCAUCGGCUACAUGACCACUCUUGCCUACGCGCCUGUCACCAAGGUCGACAGCUACUUCCUCAUCAUCAAUUAUACCGUCUCGCUCAUGGCCCCUAUCGGGAGCGUCGUCCGCGCCUUCUUUAUCACGCUGAACAUCUUCUCGACAACUUGCGACGGCGAUUCGAUCUCGACCACACCCGGAGGCAUUGAGUUGUAUGGCGGGCCUAUUCUCUACCUUAUCAUGCAGGCUCUCGUCUACUUCCUCAUCCUCGUCAUCGUUGACAGCGGCUCAUUCAGCUCAUGGUUCCGACGCAGCUUCAUCGCCCGUGGCGGCAAGGGCAAAGCCCCACCCUCGACGACUAAUGACGAGGAGACGGGCCAGGGUACUAACUUGCCAUUGAUGGUCAUGAACGUCAGCAAGUCUUUCAAACCGGCCUUCAAGAAGAAGCUUACGGCUGUUGACGACGUGUCCUUUGACGUCCGUCGCGGCGAGGUCUUUGCUCUCCUGGGACCCAACGGCGCCGGCAAGUCGACCACCAUCUCCGUCAUCCGAGGCGACAUCGCCCCAGACAAGAAAGGCGGCGAUGUGCUGGUGGAAGACAAGUCGGUCACGCACAACCUCGCUGGCGCGCGUUCGCACCUCGGUGUGUGCCCGCAAUUCGAUCCUAUGGAUAAGAUGACGGUACGCGAACACCUCGAGUUUUACGCGCGCGUUCGCGGCGUGUCGGACGUCCAGUACAACGUGCAGGCGGUCCUCCGCGGCGUCGGGCUCUCGGCCUUUGCGUCACGCAUGGCCCACACUCUGUCUGGUGGUAACAAGCGCAAGUUGUCGCUCGGUAUCGCGCUCAUGGGUAACCCCACGGUUGUGCUACUCGACGAGCCGUCGUCGGGCCUCGACGCCGCUGCCAAGCGCAUCAUGUGGAAGACUCUAAAGGGCACUGUUGCCGGCCGGUCCAUCCUCCUCACCACGCAUAGCAUGGAGGAGGCCGACGCUCUCGCCGGCCGUGUUGGCAUCCUCGCCAAGAGCAUGCUUGCCCUCGGUACCAUUGACGAGCUCCGCGCACGCUUCGGCAAUAUUCUGCACGUUCACCUCGUCAGCAAGACGGCGCCUCGCACUUCGGACGCCGAGAUGCUCCGCGUUCGCGAAUGGAUCGCUGAGCGGUUCCCGGAGGCCGAAAUCGAAGACAAGACGUACCACGGCCAGACGCGCUUCUCCCUCCCCGCCGCUGCCGUCCUCGGCAAGGGCGACAGCCCCACCCCUGCCUCCAAGAGCGCGAUUGGACGCCUCGUGGUUGAGCUUGAAGAGAAUCGGGACCUGCUCGGGAUCGAGCAUUUUAGCGUCAGCCCUACCACCCUUGACAAGGUGUUCCUCAUGAUUGUGGGAGAGCACAACAUCAAGGAAGAAAACUAUUAA